AUGGUCGCACAUCACCCUGGCCAGCAGGUCGGCCAUCAUGCAGCGCCAACGCCUUCUCCUAUCGGUGGACGAAGCUUCACCGACCAUGCCAAGCUGCGCAUCCUUCUCGCUCCAGUGGGCGGGACCUCGGAAGCUGACUUUGCGAGAUGGUGCGACUACGUGAGGUCCUUCGAGACCAUCCGGCUCGCCGACCUGCCCUCCAGCUGCACCGCCAGGCGUCGAGCUGCAGAGAUAACGACCACCGGAAGAGCAGCAAACAUUUCAAGCCCGGCACCAUCGUCUUCGGCCUCAGCGUCAACAUCGCCAAUACUGCAGACAGGCGAGGUUCACCUCUCCUUCGUCACGAGCUACGAUCCGGAUCACUCUUUCCUCGCGCCCUUCAACAUGCACAGGCAAGUGCUCGGUGCGCUCGGACUGGCGACGUACUCGAGCAACGUGGUCGACAAGCUGGAGCUGGAGACAGCGCCAGCAGCGCUCAGAGAGCUCCAUCCGGGUGCAUUGAUACACAGGGUCUUCGGCUUUGACUCGGGAGCAAAGCGGCCAGAAACGGUGGAUUUGAGCUCGAUAAAGGACGCGUUAGCUGCCAAGAUCAAUGCCGCACAGCAUGCUACGUCGCCGAGCUCAGAUGCAGCAGCUGCGUCGACUGAGGCGGAUCCAGCUGCGUCGCCGGACGCUCCAGGAUUCGCAGCGCACAGAGACGGAGGGCUCAUCAUCUUUCCAGCCGUGCGCAAAGAUGGCAAAGAUGUGCGCUUCUACCUCAAAACGCUUCUCGCGGAUCUUGUCGCCAACGUUCUAGAUGGCUUAGACGACAUUGUCACGGGGCUAGAAGGGACACCGCUAGAGACACCAAGGGAAACGCUGGAAGGCAUGAAUCCCCACAAGACCGCCUCAUCGACAGCAUCAUCAUCGGCCUCGACAAGUUCGUGGCUCAGUAAGACGAGUACAGCAGCGACAGAAGCAGCCACCCGAGCCUCGAGCCUGUUCAGUGGCUUCGGCAGCACCAGUAGCAACGACACUGGGAACAGCACGCCAACUGGAUCGCGGCCUCAAAGUGCGAUUGGCGGUGGCCAUCAGCCCUUCGACUUAUCCUCCUCUACGUCAAGCACUUCCUCGCCGACGUCCGAGAACAGCACACGAAGCAAGAUUCUCGCUGCCAACGCAAACAAGAAGAGCGCGAAACGCAUCAUAAGCGGAACGAGCACUGGUCCGACCGGGUCCGGGAGAUACGCCAAGGUCAAAGCGGAUCUGCAUCUACUUUCCGGUAAUCUAUGGGACGCACUGGAAGGAUACACCAGCGCGCUCAAUGCUCUUGGAAAGGAGCGGGCUCUAGCGGGCGGUCAAGAUGCUGUGUGGUUUGCCAGCGCUCUCGAAGGCUUUUCCGUCGCCAGAGUGCUGGCAUCUCGAAUGGGUGGCAUCGUGCUCGAAAGAGCGCCCUGCUUCGACCUGCCUUGGACCUCGGCUUCCGCCAAAGACAAAGACAAGGAGAAGGACAAGGACAAGGACGGCGUCCCUCGACCCUACGCAAAGCAGAGCUGGGGCGAGAUCGCGGAAGCCUACACCAUCGCCGUGAUCAUCUACUCCAAGUGCCUCGCUCCGCCGAGUGUGAUGCUCGAAUCGGUACGGUCGGUGUCGAGCGACUCGGCGAGAGACUACACGCAUCCGCUUAUACACGCAAGCGCCUGCACACAGUACGCGCGGUUCUUGCUGGCUGUCUGGGCGUCCGGCGGCUGGAAUGGCGAGUGCUUCGAUCAGCUCGUCUACGGAGGCGUGCCUCCGGCGUUGGCGGAGGACAAGCCGACGAACGCAACCUACCUCGGCUUGACCGCCAUCUCGGGUGUCGAGAGGCACGACAUCGCUGCGGCUGCGUCGACGGCGCUCUCGCACUCGAUCGUGGCACUCAAAGCGACUGAUCAGAUCACGCUGCUCAGCACGUUGACCGCCAUCUUUGGCUGCAUCGGCUUCUCGAGAAGAGAGGCGCACCUGCUGCGCAAUCUCCAAUCGACGAUUGUCAGCCUGCUGAUCAAGGCGAAGCGGGCCAAUGCACGACCGCCGACAACAGCAUCGUUGCCGAUCUUGCAGCAUCAGCAGUUUGGUGAUAAGGGCGAGGAGAUCUUGGGGAACAUCGUGGCUCAGACGACGUACGACUCGUUGGGGAGAGGCCCAGAAGCGGUGCUCGUGCUGGCGAUGCAGAUCUGUGAGACGUAUGGGAUUCAUGUUGAGGUCGACCCGCUGCGCAACAUCCCGUCGUACCACAUCUUGGCCAAGGCGACGGAGGGGUUGCGCAGCGCCUAUGCAUCACCCAAUCUGGGCGGUGCGGAAGAGUGGAAGCCGUCAGAUCGACCCGCUGCACCGACUGCCGGUGCAGACAGCGAGGUACCACUCCUGACGCCGCUCGAAAUCGCCAACGAAGCACCGUUCGGGUGGAAAGAGCAGCAAGUGGCACUCCUCAAAGAGACCAUAGGCAUCGCCGAGCUGCUCUCCGACUACGUGAGCAUGGCGUUCUUCGGCGCGAUCCUCCUGCGCGACUUCUACCCUCUGCUGGAAGCGCAAGAGCAGAAAGAGUUGAUGAUCGGCACCCAACGCUCGGUGCAAGCUGCUCGCUGGGCAGGGGCUCAAGACCUUGCAGUGAAGUAUUGGGGUCCGCCCGAACCGCUUUGCAGUUUGGAAGUCCUACCGCUGGCGCCUGAGCGCAUGCCCUACGAGAGGGACGCGAAGCAGGUUCUGGCGAACGGCAAAGGCGGUGCUGCCGCAGAUCAGGGCGUGGCGGGGUUGAACAAUCCAUUCUUCUGGAAUCCGUCCGGCGGGUCCGCUGCUGGCAAGGGCAAGGCCAUCGCGGUGCAGAACGAGCCGAUCGAAGUAAUGGCGACGCUGCAGAACCCAUUCUCGGUCGAUCUGCACAUCGAUACGAUCAAAUUGGUCGGCGAAGGAGCAGGAUUCCACGCGGACGAGGCAGAACGAGUCUCGAUCCCACCUUGUUCUUUCCAGACCGUGCGGCUCUCGUGCACCGCCAAAGACGUCGGCAAGGUCACCAUCAAGGGUCUCACCCUGACGCUCGCCGGUGGGUGUACAGAGGAGCAAACCUUUCUACUCCCCAUCUACGACGAGGCGAACUCGAAACAGCGACGCAAACAAGCGGCUGAGACGGACGACCGCAAAACACGACUCAAAGUGUCCGGCCUCGACUCACGGAGCUCUGUGCUCAAGCAGAAAUCCGUGGCCCCCGACACCAACACCGCGACGACCAAAUGGCUCGAAGUAUCCGUCGUACCCGCUCAACCCAGCCUCGCAGCCUACUGCCACGACCUCGUCCCGCUACACGGCCUCGACCUCUACGAAGGCGAACCGCGAACCAUCCAUCUCGAGCUGCACAACCUUUCCCCUUCGCUCGACAUCAACCAUGUCAACGUAACUUUCAGCAGUGAUGCCGAGGAUUUGGCCAGACGGACGCUGCUCGAAUCGGCGCUUUUGCCGUCAGACGUGUACGAGGUGGAAUGGGAUCUGCUCCACCAACCGGUGCUGUCGUGUGCUGCAAGGGAAGCGGUUCGGAUCGAACGGGGGGCGUCGACGAUCCUCCCCAUUCGGGUGACCGGCAAGAUCGGGUGUACAUGCGCGUCGAUUCGGGUGGAAUACGCGUCGGUGGCGGAGGGCAAGUUCUUCGUCCGAACGCUCGACCUGUCGUUCCGGGUGAGCGUACAUCCGGUUCUGGUCUGUCGCAAUUUGACGGUUGCCCCGUUGAGAGCGAGCGAGGCGGCGACCUUGACGAAAGAGUGUCUGCUCUCGGCCGAUGCCGUGCCGGCCGCAUUGCAGGUCUUCCCAGGUACCGAUGCAGACAUCCUCUUGGCGUCUGAGGAAGAGGCGAGCGCGGUAGCGGAAGAGCUAGCUACGGAAGAGGACGAUGCCGAAUACGCGCUGCUGAGUGUAGACGUAUCGAACGUGCAUCGCGAGGACGUGUUGUUGCGGCUGGCGUUGAAUACGGGUGGUGUGUUGCCGCUGCAGCUGUUCCGCGUGGUCAGGGCGGGGUGUACGGUGCGACUGGUGUUGCCGCAACCGCGGUUGGAGUUGGAUGCGAGGACGGGUAGGGCGGUUGUGGGGUCUGCGAGCGGGGAAGGAGGGGACGGGGGAUUGUUUCCACCCAUCCCAUCGCGCAAGGACGACGGAAGGCAGUUCAUCGUCUCCAAGAUCCAGCUGGGCGAGGAGGAGGAGCGCGAGAUGAGGCGUAACUUUUGGUAUAGACAAGCGUUGUUGAAGCGAUUGAGUGGCGGAUGGCGAACACUAACUGGGAGCGGGUUGUGGGGUUCAAUAGGAGAGGCGGAAGGGGAGGAAGGUGUGAGGGGUGGCAAAGUUCCCCUGCGCGGCAUGAUCUCGGGUGGAGGACUGGUGCUGGAUGAAGCCGGACUGUUGCAUUUGCAGAAAGACCCCGUCAAGGUCUCGCUCAGCUUCGACGAUGAGGUGCGCGCCGAGAGCUUCGUCACCGUCACAGCAAGCAUCACCAACAGGCUCAAUCGGACCGUUCAUCCGAUCAUACGCCUCGUGCCUACCUCACCCAGUGGAGGAACGGCACAAGACACGACGUUGUUGGAUUCGGUGAUCGUUUCAGAUGGCACGUUCACCGCGUCGAAACAGCAAGGCGGGCUGCGAAGGGGAGAAGAGAGGUCGGUGCAGUGGGGCGUGACGUUCAUGUCCCCUGGCAGGUACGGGAUUUUGGUGCUGGUCGAAGAGGCGACCGCGGGGAUGGGGGAGAGGCUGAGCUUUGUUAGUGCGGUCUUUACCGUCAACGUGCUCCCGGCUGUCUAA